GGCCCUAGACGAAUUAGGGACAUGGUGCUGCCAAAAUUUGCGCCUUGGAUCCUAGCCGCAGCGCUCUGUGACUGAUCGUCGAGUCUCAUGACCCUGCGUUGAAGCUCAAACAGGUCAGGAAAGGCGCAUGCACAUGCAUUGUGAGAGCGGGGCGCCUGCCGCCAUGGUGCAGUCCUGAGCUUUCUUAGCUAGCUGAACAGGGAGGUGUAUCUUGAUCCAGCAGGUUUGAGCUUUCUCCCGCAAUUGUGUGUGUCGUGUGUGCCUGAGCCAUGGAGGCGAAUGGUGACCAUGGGAAGGCUUCUACUGCUGGCAACUUGGAUGCCGUGCUGAAGGAGACUGCUGAUUUGGAGCAUAUCCCUGUGGAUGAGGUCUUUCUCCAGCUCCGUUGCAACAAGGAGGGUCUGACGACAGCGGAUGUAGAAGAACGGCUGGCAAUCUUUGGGAAGAACAAGCUUGAGGAGAAGAAGGAGAGCGCGAUCCUUAAGUUCCUGAGCUUUGUCUGGAACCCUCUGUCAUGGGUGAUGGAGGCUGCCGCGUUGAUGGCCCUGAUCCUCGCAAACGGGCAGGGUCGGCCUCCAGAUUGGGAGGAUUUUGUUGGCAUCAUCCUCCUCUUGGCCAUCAAUGCCACCCUGAGUUUUGUGGAGGAGAACAAUGCUGGGAAGGCUGCUGCAGCCCUGAUGGCGCAGUUGUCCUUGAAGACGAAAGUAUUGAGAGAUGGCGCUUGGUCAGAACAAGACGCAGAGGUACUAGUGCCAGGAGACAUCAUCUCCAUCAAGCUGGGGGACAUUAUUCCAGCAGAUUGCCGCUUGUUGGAGGGGGAUGCACUGAAAAUUGACCAGUCUGCUUUGACCGGCGAGUCUCUGCCAGUGACCAAAAACCCAGGGGACGAGGCAUUCUCUGGGUCCACCGUCAAGCAGGGAGAACUUGAGGCUGUUGUCAUCGCCACUGGUGUCCAUACCUUCUUUGGAAAGGCUGCUCAUCUGGUGGACACGACCAACAAUGUUGGCCAUUUCCAAGCGGUCUUGACGGCUAUUGGCAACUUCUGCAUCGUCUCCAUCGCGAUUGGUAUCAUCAUCGAGAUCAUUGUCAUGUACCCAAUCCAGGGCCGGGGAUACAGGGCUGGAAUCGACAACCUGUUGGUCUUGCUCAUUGGUGGCAUUCCUAUUGCCAUGCCCACCGUUCUGUCUGUCACCAUGGCCAUUGGCGCUCACCGUCUCGCGAAGCAGGGAGCCAUUGUCAAGCGGAUGACUGCGAUCGAGGAGAUGGCAGGCAUGGACAUCCUCUGCAGUGACAAGACAGGAACCCUUACCCUGAACAAGCUCACGGUCGACAAGGCAAUCAUUGAGAUCUUUACCAAGGGUGUCACUCAGGACGACGUGGUCAUGGCUGCUGCUAGAGCUUCCCGUGUUGAGAACCAGGACGCCAUCGACGCAGCCAUUACGCAGAUGCUCAGCGACAUCAAGGAGGCUCGUGCAGGCAUCCAGGAGCUCCACUUCCUGCCUUUCAACCCCGUCGACAAGAGGACUGCCAUCACCUACAUCGACCAGGCCGACGGCAAGAUGAAGCGCCAGAGCAAGGGAGCCCCUGAGCAGAUCCUCGCUCUCGCUCACGACAAGGACGAGAUCAAGGUCAAGGUCCAUGAUGUCAUUGACAAGUUUGCAGAGCGCGGCCUUCGUGCUCUCGGGGUGGCCAGGCAGGAGGUGCCGGACAACGACAAGGACGGCCCUGGGGGUCCAUGGGAGAUGAUGGGCCUGCUGCCGCUGUACGACCCUCCUCGCCACGACACUGCGGAGACCAUCAAGCGUGCCCUCAACCUGGGAGUCAACGUCAAGAUGGUCACUGGUGAUCAGCUGGCCAUUGGAAAGGAAACAGGCCGCCGCCUGGGCAUGGGGACAAACAUGUACCCGUCGAGCUAUCUUCUGGGAGGGGAGGCGACUCUGCAGGGCCAGCCGCUAGAUGAGCUCAUCGAGAAGGCUGAUGGCUUUGCUGGAGUGUUCCCUGAGCACAAGUACCAGAUUGUCGAGCACCUCCAGAAGAAGAAGCACGUCGUCGGCAUGACUGGAGACGGAGUCAACGACGCGCCUGCUCUGAAGAAGGGUGACAUUGGUAUCGCUGUGGCUGAUGCCACCGACGCCGCCCGCAAUGCUGCUGACAUCGUGCUGACGGAGCCGGGUCUGAGCGUCAUCAUCAGCGCCAUCAUCACGAGCCGCUCGAUUUUCCAGCGUAUGAAGAACUACACCAUCUACGCUGUGUCGAUCACCAUCCGUAUCGUGCUCGGCUUCAUGCUGCUGGCCCUCAUCUGGAAGUUCGACUUCCCGCCGUUCAUGGUCCUGAUCAUUGCGAUCCUGAACGACGGCACCAUCAUGACCAUCUCCAAGGACCGCGUGAAGCCGUCCCCCUCACCCGACAGCUGGAAGCUCAAGGAGAUCUUCGCGCAGGGCGUCGCCCUUGGAUCGUACCUGGCGCUUAUGACCGUCAUCUUCUACUACCUCAUGAACGACACCGACUUCUUCUCGGACGCGUUCGGCGUCCGCACCCUCCGGCCCGAUCCGAACAGCGAGCCCGUGAGCACGAGGCGUUACAAGGAGAGAGUGGCGGUCAUCUACCUGCAGGUGUCCAUCAUCAGCCAGGCACUCAUCUUUGUGACCCGAUCCCAGAGGUUCUCGUGGCUGGAGCGGCCCGGGUUCCUGCUGGUGUUGGCCUUCCUCGUCGCCCAGCUGAUUGCGACCUUCAUCGCCGUGUAUGCCACGUGGAAUUUCUGCAACAUCAGGGGCGCCGGCUGGGGCUGGGCAGGCGUGACGUGGCUGUGGUCAAUCGUGACGUACUUCCCGCUGGACAUCGUCAAGUUCGCCAUCCGGUUCGUCCUCAGCGGCCGCGCCUGGGACACCAUGUUCCGCCGGACGGCGUUCCGCCAGGACAAGAACUUCGGCCGCGCGGAACAGCAGGCCAGAUGGGCGCAUGCGCAGCGCACGCUGCACGGCCUGCACCCCGCCGACACCAAGAUGAUGUCCGACCGCGGCUCCUUCAAGGACCUGUCCGAGGCGGCUGAGCAGGCGAAGCGGCGCUCGGAGAUCGCGCGCCUGAGGGACCUGCACACUCUGAAGGGUCACGUGGAGUCAGUGAUCAAGCUCAAGAACAUCGACGUCAACACGAUUCAACAGUCGUACACCGUCUAAGACUCUGGUGUCCACGUGGGCUGACGGUCAGUGUGCUAGGUGUUUGGAUCAUUGUCAGGUUAGCUGCGCGUUAUAUACCAGUCCUACUGUUGCCGUAGCAAGCACAGCAGUCUUCGCCCUCUGGAUCGAGACCUGUUCCGGCCAAUAACAGAAGGGUGGAUUUGCAAAGGCUACUGUCUGUAUCUUAUUAUUAGAGGUCGAGGAUCGGAGCCCAUCAGAAAUCGUAGUCUCCGUUUGUCUUUUGUUUGUGCCUUGGUUCUGAGAUUCUGUUACUGGAUGUGGGGAGGUCAGAUACGUGUUCCGACACGAAGGUACAGAUGUCGUCUUUGUUGAUUCCGAACGACUGGUCUUAGAGUCAGACUUGUACACUACACCUGUACAUUGCCAAUGACAAACGCUACUUGUGUACAGUCAAUCUUCCUCUCUUUGCAGUCAAUUGCAUGUUGGUGAUUGGGAG